UUACAACUUAAAACGGGUGAAGAAUAAAGAGAGAGAAAGAGAGAGAGAGAAUCAAAGCUUCUCUUCUACUGUUACUUCUUCUACUUCGAAAGUUUAUUAUGGAAUUCUUCUUCUCUCGCUCCGAGCGAUUUGAUCCGAAGAAGAUGUGGCGAUGAAGAAAUAAGCCGGAAGUAUCCAUUUGCGUUAGGUUCCCGGCGAUUGUAAUGUACGUAUUAUGGCGACCGACCGGCAGAGAAUCCUGUGCUAUCGGUUUUUAUCUACAGUUUCUCUGAUUUGUGUUUCUUGAAGCGUGCGAAGGUCGGAAACAGCGAGAUCCGAGCGGGUAUUGAAGUUUGAACUUUCUGUUUCGGCAGCAGAUGGAAUGCUGCAUUGGGAUAUGGAGAAUUGCUUAACAUAUCUCGACUAUUCUGCUGGCUUCCAAUCGACGGAGGAAGGGGUCGCCUUGUUGAGAUCCUUCUGUAAACAGAUCUAACCUAGUUGUCUGUUUAAUUUCUUCAGGUAAUCGUCUGUUUGCUUUGAUUGAAGUCACCACAGAUUCAGUUAUAAGACAAUAUUAAGAGGUAUCAAUGGUCUGUAGAUACUCCCUUGAGGAGCAGAAGAGAAAGGAGACACCAGUUUGCAAAUCAUCAGCCAUGGUUGGUGCACAAGAAUGUGUUAUUUCAGAGCUUCCUAGUUCCUUCAAUCAGGACUCUGGAUCUUUCCUGAAAAAUCGAUCGCUACUAGGUUCCAUGCUGAAAAACUUGAUGGAUAUUGGGGAAGAUAUGCUUGACAAGGAUAUCUAUAUCCACGGUUUGGAUUCUGUAUGCUCGAAGAAGAAGAAACCUGUAGUUUCUACACAAUCUGGAGGAGAUUCCAAUGGUCAGUCGUCUGGUGAUAGUCUCAUACCUGGUAUUCAUGAUGACAUUGCAGUGGAUAUUCUGGCUUGGGCGAGCAGAUCGGAUUACCCAAAUCUUGCUUGUGUGAAUAAAAAGCUCAAAUCCUUGAUUACUAGUGGGGAUCUUUACAAGUUGAGGAGGCAAAUGGGUGUCGUUGAACAGUGGGUGUAUCUUGCUUGUAGUAAUAUGCCCUGGGAAGCUUUUGAUCCUGAUAGGAAUAGGUGGAUGAGGUUACCUAGAAUGCCGUGUGAUGAAUGCUUUUCAUAUGCAGACAAGGAAUCUCUUGCUGUAGGAACUGAGCUACUAGUCUUUGGUCGGGAGUUAUCAGGAUUUGCAAUUUGGAUGUACAGUUUGCUUAAUCAUCGAUGGUCUAGAUGCCCCUUAAUGAACCUACCCCGUUGUUUGUUUGGUUCAAGUAGCUCUGGAGAAAUUGCUAUUGUAGCUGGAGGAAGUGACAAGAAUGGCCAUAUUUUGAAGACUGCUGAACUUUACAAUUCUGAACUAUGUGCUUGGGAAAGUUUGUCAGAUAUGAACUUGCCUCGUAAACUAUGCUCUGGCUUCUUUAUGGAUGGAAAAUUCUAUGUUAUUGGAGGAAUUUCUGACGAAGGUAAACGUUUAACUUGUGGAGAGGAGUAUAAUAUGGAGACGAGGACAUGGAGGAGGAUAAAUGACAUGAUCCCCAGUUGGGGUGGACCUAUGCAGUCUCCUCCUCUGGUUGCUGUUGUCAACAAUGAACUUUAUACUGCUGAUCUAACUACAAAUGAGGUCAAGAAAUAUGAUAAAAGCAAUAAUGCAUGGAAUGUUGUGAACAGGUUGCCAGUUAGGGGUGACUCUAAUAAUGGUUGGGGUUUAGCAUUCAAGAAAUGUGGUGACAAGUUAAUUGUGGUUGGUGGACGUAGAGGGAUUGAUGGUGAACUUAUUGUGAUUCACUCUUGGCGUCCAGAGGAUGGGAGUGGGGGAGGACCAGAGUGGAAUGUGCUUUCCAUCAGAGAGCGAGCAGGUGGCUUUGUGUACAACUGUGCGGUGAUGGGUUGUUAAUCCUUGCAUCACCAUCUCUUGAGUUGGAUCUGAACUCUCUAGUUGGCACACUCAAGCUUCUUAAUCUGGCACCUUGAUCUUACUGGGGUGCCCCCCCGCACCCCCUACAAAAAGCAGAAAUAGAAAAAAAUAAUUGAUAAUGAUAUUAUAUGCUUUUAUUUAUGGUUCUCUUUCUGCCCCAUAUUGACUCUUUAUGGAUUUUUUUUACUAAAGAGUAGGGCAUUAGAUUAACAUGGAAACUUCUGUCCUUGUUUUAUUAUAGUUCUUAUUAAGUUGAAAGCUUUAAAGGUGCUAUGAUUUUGGUA